AUGCCUGGCGGGAAGUAUCAGAAGCCUCUCUGGGUGCCUUAUGAGCUUUACGGUCAGGUCGAUCACGUCUACGGAUGGCCUGCAUACAACUCGGGCAACGGAUUUACUGCUGCUCAAUCUGGUGUGAACAUCGUCGAGUGUGUGGGUUACAUAUACUAUCUCUAUCUGGUUUAUGUCCACGGCAGGACCGAAAAGCACGUACAGGGUACUGGUGCCCCCGACAAGCAGCAUGUUGGAAAGCUCGCACAGAGUCGAACGGUGUAUGGAACGGUUGCUGCGCAAGCCGUUGUUCUUCUAUACGGUGUGGCUCUCAUGACUUUGAGCAAGACUGUGCUUUACUGUAUGCUACGCCAAUGUCCUGAUCGUCAGCUUAUUGCGGCUAACAGUACUGUAGGGCUCAACGAGGUCUUCUCUGGAUUCGCCAACAUUGGUCACAAUGAUGCUUCGUCAAUCUUCUUCCUCUGGGCUCUUCCUAAUGGUCUCUGGAUCGUCCUUCCCUCAUAUCUUGUUUACGUGUCCGCAAAUGAGAUUUUGGAAGGUUUGCAGGUUGCUGUGGGCGGUACCAAAAAGUCUCAGUGA